AUGCUACCGAAGCUCGGUCCUCCAACUGUACCACCGCUGCAGCUCAACCACUACCAGAACGGUUCCUUGUCUCAACAGUUGGCUGCCCCGUCAAUGCAACCGUUGCCGCCGGUGAUGUCUCCGCCGGCGAUGUACAUCGACACAAAGCAAACGUAUCUGCAGACAUCACCCGAGCAAGGCUACAUGCUCUCGCCGGGUGUCACUUAUUCGGCCUGUCAAGCUUCUACGGCUGCCUGCAUGAAAGUGGAGUCACCAGUAUCGAUUCAAAUGACACGAACACCGUCCGGUAGCAAUAUCGGGGACUUGAUGACGCCUAGCGUCCCCGUCAGUCCCACCGCUAGCGGAACCACCACGAAAGAAGAGCUUUUGAGGCUGUUGGUGAACAUGUCCCCUGGUCAAGUGGAACGACUCAAAGGAGGAACCCGCCCGAGUACAGUGGUCCGAGCUCGUCCAUCGGCGGUCGCCACUCGAGUGCUAAGAGAUGAAGUGUGGCCACAAGAUGACGAUUCAGAUGACGAGGACGAGUUAGCGACGGAUGAACCACGACGUAAAGGACCUAAAACCGAGCGUCGAACUGCCCAUAAUCUGAAUCGAGAAGAAAUACCGAUGCUCCAUCAACGAUCGCAUUCAGCAUCUGAAAACCAUCCUAGCCGUAAAUCGGCCACGUUACGAAAAGCAAUAGAGCAUAUUGGCAGGCUUGAGGCUGAAAAUCAGGAUUUGCGACUGGAAGUACAACGUCUCGUAUCGGUUCUUCAUAGUCACAACAUUGAGGUUAUUCCGCCAGCGCCAGCGAUAUUGAUGGGGUCGCCAACAUUGAGUCCUUCCACAUCGUCAGCCAGCAUACAGUCUCCUGGAGCUACGACAUCUCCAAGAACAUCACCGACUUUACCGUUGAAAGGCGCAAAAAGGCCACGAACAAGUAUGGAACAGGGACGAGUGACAAUUUUUGCCAUCAUGUUCGCAAUGCUCAUGUGGAAUCCGCUGGGUCUGUUGGCCACUGGGUCAUCGGUGUCGGCGAAUCGCAAUGGUCACCACGAAGCCCCACCUACAGGUGGACGUGUUAUCAGCGAGGUACAUGAGGAAUUUAUGGUUGAAUCCUUCCAUCUCACGGAAAUUCACCACCAAAUGCACUGCCGCGACGCGACUGCACGCGUCAACUCCUUGCAGUCACGCGAAGUGGAGGCAUCAAUCCUGGAGCGACCACUGCCAUCAGCCGGUGUUGAACAAGCUCUUUCCGUUGUUUGGCAGAUUAUCCGUCAUGCACUGAACAGCCUUUGGAUUGGCAGAUGGUUCUCACGGCGAAAACGAGACGCCGGAAAACCUGUUACAGUGGUCUGCAAAAGUCAUGCUCACACCGCUAUGAUCUACCACAAAAUGCACCAGCUGCAUCUGUUGGGAGUUGACGAGUCAAACGAAGGCAUUUCCGGGCUAUAUCUAGCUUUAUCGGCCGUAACAAUACUCAGUAGUGUCCUUGUGACGACGGGUUUACAAAAACUGUUUCGCAGAACCCGACUUUGUCUUCCACCAUUUUUGGCGUCGAUUUUCUCCCCGUACUUCUAUAGACGGGCAAGACGACAUGUUCGACGAGCGGAUGAGGACACUGUGAAUGGUCUGCUUUGGGUGUUCCAUCCGUUAUCUCGAGAAUUUCUAUCGGACGCGGAAGCAGUCCGGGCCGUGCUGAGUGCCAAGAAAUCUUCCCUGACACCAAUUAUCGGCGAAUGU